CUAAAAUAAACUGACAUUUGUAGAAAUUUGCUGUGAACGUUCAAUUUUUCCUCUUAAACAAGAAUAUUUAAAUAAUUCCUCCAGAAUGAAACUCGCAAAAUGCUUGCUGGCGAACACGGAGUAUAUUUCGUAUUUGAGUAAGCGUCUUUUGAACAACAUCUACUCUCGUAUAACGCAAAUUCAGAAUGGACUAGUUAAUGAGAAAAUAGAUCAUACAGAUGCUUCUUGUGAAGAAGAAAACAUGUUAGUGGCAAUGAAUUCAAGAUUUACUGAGUUCAACAGUUUCGUGGAUAUAGAACAGACCUUUAUAUUGGACGAACCCUCUUCUGAAAAGGACACAACCCAACCAGUUAUUGAUACAGCCGAAAGAACAAAGUCAACUGCUGGUUUAGUAUACGGUGACAGAGAUACAUUGCCUCAAGCAGAAAAUUUAUUAACAGUAAAUUCUUCGGCUAAUGAUGAAUUUUCUUCCACUUUUCGAGAAGAAAUGGAAGGAUUCUUUAUUAAAAAAGUUAUUGCAAAGGAAAAACAGGAAGCGGUCAAGAGUAAACUUAAAAUCUACAAAAAAAAUUUUCAAUUAAAUAACUUAUUAGGACUUAACAAUAUUAGACAAUUAUAUCCCGAUUUCCGUAUUUUCAAGUUAAGAAAAGUACUAAAGGAUAUUUUUGAGAACGGCCAACUCGUUGAAGAAGCGAAUUUACCCUCCAAUGAAUCGCAAACUUUAACAGUUAUAUGUGAAAAUGCAAAUAAUGAUGAGAAUUCGGUUCAGACAGAAGGCUUAAGGAAUGAAACAAAUAUUCUUCGUUAUUUCCCUUCAGAUGAUUAUGAAAAUGUAAUUAAAGUGUUGGAGGUAAACGAAGAGCAGUUUAGGAAAUUGGAUAACUUCUUGGAGGGACUGGAAUCAGAGCAGGACGAGAGAGAGGAAGAGGAACAAGAAAGAGAAGGAGAAGGAGAAGUAGAAGAAGAAGAAAAAGCUGAAACUGAAGAACCGAUUGAACAAGACGAAAACACCGACGACUCACCUACUGUAGAAUAUUCCAUCGAGGAUUUGCUAGUAAAAGGUAGCAACCAUGAAAGUGUCCUUCAAACGAUUUUAAAAAUCACAAAUGCCAAUUUUAUUAAUAAUGAGUCAUCACACCAACUACUGAAGCAAUUAAAUCACGCAGAAGGUAAAGUUGGCCAAAGCAUUUUAAAAGAUUUACAACUAACUUUGUUUUCAAAAGACUGCUCUCAUUUACUCAGAAGAGAUAACGAAAAAGCUUCACUAAUUGCUCAAGUUUUUUCAAACCCAGUGGCCUCUAUAUUUGAUUUCUAUUUUUCUGCAUCGAAUAUAAAUCCAGUUGGAAAUUGUCAAUGGGACAGAAAAGACGAUGAAAUUUAUUACUCCAAUGAUGAUAGCAAAGAGGAAAAAUUGGAUAUUGUAGAUCGAAAAGAAGAACAAUUUAAGUUUGAUAAUAAAAGUCUGAAGAAUUAUUAUGAAGUUAAUGUAGAAAGUGAAUGUGUAACUGAAAACAAACAUGGAUUUGAUUUCAAAAAGAACUUAUACAAUAUGUUAAGCAAUAAGUAUGAAAAACGAGUUUCAGAUUUACAAAAAUCAUGUAAUAAAGAAGGUUUUGAUGUAGAUAAAAUAAAUUACUACACAAAUAUACUGCAAAGUGUUGAAAAGAAACCCAGCAUCAUUAUGAAAAAGUACUACCCUCCAUCGAGUAGAAAAGAUCCGCAAUUAAAUGAAUGUUUAUAUUUAGUAAAAAAUAACGAAAGUUGUCCUUUGGUUACUAAAUCGAACGAAUGCUUUUUGCCUUCCAAAUAUUGUGUCAGUUACGAUUCUUCGAAACUCAAUUCAAAAAUAGUCGAAAAGGUGAACAAAAGCCUUAUUCAUGAAAAUAGUAAUAUGGAACUAACCAAAGUAGACGCUUACAAUGUCUCGUUCAAUAACAGUAAUGGCGAUAAAAUUGUACACAAUAUGGAGUCACAAAUCGAAUACUUCAUGAAAUUGGCUUCAGGCCGCGUAUAUAAGUUUACUGGUUAUAAUGCAAUGUUAAACGCAGUUGAAUCAAAAAUAGUACGUUCAUUUAUCGAAGACAAAUUAAUAAAUAUUAUCAACUAUGAGGGAACACAAAAAGAAAUAAUGUGCGAAUUAAUUAAACUGCAAUAUGAAAAUCAGUUUGGAUCGAUUUUCUACAAAAAAGAGAUGUCAAGUGGAGAUACGAUCAAAAGUAUUAAACCAACUAAUACAAUAAAAAAGAAGAGGCAAUUUAAUGCUACAUCUAAACUAGUCAGAAUCGGUAAAAUACACUGUACAUUUGAGCACAUGCUUAUAAUUUCUAAUCCUUAUCUGAGAGUCAUUCCGAAACAAUAUAUCCAUUUAAGCACCUUGGAGAAAUUCUUCAAUCUUAGCAUACUGCGACAUAUCCCUGAUUUCAGUAAGAGGGAAGAACUAAAUGCCCUGUGGAACUUCUUUUCUUUUUUCAUCACAAACAAACAACCCGUGGAUGAUGAUUCCACUAAACAUCCUUUCGUUACCAAUUCGAAAAUUAUUUUCCAAUUAUUAAAAACCAUACAGCAGUGCGGUCUUGGAAGAAAUUUCAAUGAGCAGACUUAUCCAUAUCCAAAAAGGGAUUCUAAGAAUCAAAGUCGAAGAGAAUUGAUGAAAGAUGUUACCAUUUUUGCACAAAAAGUAGCCAAUGCUGAAUCUAGUCCACAGGAAGAGGCUAAAUUACUCGAUGCAAAUAUGAAGCAAUUUUGCAAACUUGAAAAGAAAGUAAUCCGAAACAUGUUGCUCAAUCAGAACUGCUUGAAGAUACUAGAAAAUUCGGGAUGUUUUUUCGAUUACAACAUUGAGCUGAUACAAUCGAAGCCAAAAGAAAUUGAUAUUGUUAAUCGUACUACAAAUGCAGUAGUCAAGAAAAUUGAAGAUCUCAUAAUGUUGACGGAGAAAAGCGGUGAUGCAUAUAAUGACUUGCACAUAUAGUUAACUCAGGUGUAACAUCAUUCCCUUAUCAUUUAUUUCACCGACAAAACAUGAAAUGAUAUCAUACAACGCAGAAUAUUUGACAUCUACAUAUGACAGAAAAAUAAAUUACAAUCGAAAGUUUGUCAACCAAUUAAGAAAUAACACAUUCACCUUAUGUACCGUAUUCUCAGUUGAUGUACGUACGAAUUCGUUCGGCAAUAAAUAUAUCUUAACUUUUA